AUACAGUACAACCCAUAUCUCUUUCUCUCUCUCUCUCUCUCUCUCCUGUGUGUGUGUGUGUUUGUGAUGAGGUCUGCAGCAGCAGCACCCAUGACCCUCGUGCAUUAAGGGCUCUCUGUGUGUGGACUCUGAUGAAGAUUCUAAUAUAAGCCCCGGCAUGUGAUUCUUUCAAUGUUCUCUUUGCUUCUCAUCCCGGGGGGAAUUUGCUUCUGCAUGAGUAGAGAACAAGUAUUCUAGCUAGCUAGCUAUCUACCUACUUCAUUUUAAUGCAUAUUUGUAAGGAAGGGAGUUAGGUGAUGUGGAAGAGCUGGCUAUUUAUAAGAGGAGAUGUUUUGGUAGCAGUUUCACUCAAUCAGUACCAAAGAGAACCUCUAAUUUCCUUUCUCUUGGGGUUGGGUGCUUAAUUAAAAAACUUUGAAGCUUUCUCAUCACUUUCAUUUCAGCAAUCAUGGCUAAUUCAUCAAACAGACACUGGCCAAGCAUGUUCAAAUCCAAACCCUGCAACACCACCCUUCGCCAAUGGCAGCAUGACGUUAACUCCCCUCUAAUUUCAUCUGGGGCUUGCCACAGAACCCCUUACACUUCAGGGACCGGAUGUGAAGAGAGAACUCCUGAGCCGAAACCACGAUGGAACCCUCGGCCGGAGCAAAUCCGCAUACUUGAAGCCAUCUUUAACUCAGGAAUGGUGAAUCCUCCAAGGGAUGAGAUACGAAAGAUUAGGGCUCAGUUGCAGGAAUAUGGUCAGGUGGGAGAUGCCAAUGUUUUCUACUGGUUUCAGAACAGAAAAUCAAGAAGCAAACACAAGCAGCGCCAACUCCAAAACGCCAAGUCUCAGCCUCAACAAACCACCACAUCUCCGCCUAUCACAACCAAUAUCUCCACCGCCUUUCUCACUGCUCCGUCUUCCUCUUCAUCCUCUUCUGAUAAAUCAUCUCCGCAUAAUUCAAACGAAAAGAGCCUUUCUGUUGGCCCAACCACUGUGGUUGAUUUACUGAAUUCUCCUACUGCUUCUGUGAACCAACCCUUUUUCCAGACUCCAAACGAGUUCUUGGCCGAACCCUUCUUUUUCCCAGUGCAACAAAACCCUGGAGGAUCAACUUCUGCAUCUGUAGCACAAGGGUUUUGCUUUCCUGAUGUAUCCGAUGUCCCUGAUCAGAGUGCAACCAACUGCCCGAAUUUAUUGCUUAAUGAACUGAUGCUGAUGAGCAAUUGCCCUUCAAAGAAGGAUGAAGAUCAUGAGAAGAUGAAACUUCAGCAAAAUCUUAGUUACACCGAAACUCCUGCACCAAACACUACUCAACCCCUUGUUCCUCCAUGUCUUUCAAUCCCAUCUACUAACAAUCAGAUUCUUCAAGGUUUGGGCGAACAGGGUCCCGCAAAAUCGACGGUGUUCAUUAACGAUGUUUGCUUUGAGGUGCGGGUGGGGCCGUUCAAUGUGAGAGAAGCAUUUGGUGAUGAUGCAGUGCUGAUACAGUCCUCCGGGCAGCCAGUUCUAACCAAUGAGUGGGGAGUGACGCUGCAACCCCUCCAGCACGGCGCCUUUUACUAUCUCUUGCGCCCUUUCACACCUUCCCCCGAUGAUAUCAGGACCAUUCAUCUCAUGUAGAAGAAUUGAUGAGGAAGGUGGUUGAAGCGAUGGAGGAUCCGCUGAAUUCUGAGUAUUACUUUCUAGUUUUAUAGCGUCUGUUUUUAAAUUUCCUUUUAUAUUAUGAAGAACUACUCAUCUUCUUUAAUUAGGAGAUGAAGCCUAUAUAUAUAUAUGGUUUCUUCCUUGUGCU